AUGGCACAGAUUGCCCUGCCACGACACCAGGUUACCCAGUCAAUGGGUACACCGCUGUAUCAGAGACGGACGCCGUCCUCUGUUGGAACCGUGGAACUCGUCCCCAAUCCUCACUUCGUCUUCCCUCAGCAGCCGCCGGACUCGCCUCCCCAGACCUUCGACAUGGCCCCCGGUGCAGGUAGGCGCCCGGUCUCGCUGCAGGUGCUGCCCACCUCGAGGCGCGUUCCCAACGCUUCCGCGAAUGCCUACAAGCGGAGGUCCGCCAGUGCUCUUCCCGACUUCUCAUUUAACCCGGGCUGCCCAGGUCUGGCUCCUCCUACCUUCCAGACGACUCCUCCCGACAGUCCCACGUCCACCACGCCAACCACGCCGUCGAAGAGCAUUGGUCACAGGCGGGGAGCAAGUGAGUUCAUCGGUGGUGGUCACAAGAGGGUUGGCAGCAUGGUUCCGAUGAGCUCCAGCCCGACAAAAGGCGACGGUGGAUCUCCACCUUCGCUUCAACUUGGACCUCCCGCAGGCAGAAAGGGCCACGCCCACCGCCGGUCCGGAGCCAUUUCGUCCCACGAUCUGUCGUUCAUGAUGCAGCCGAAUGCGAAUAUUCCUCGCAUUGACCAGACGCCCGCAACACCCAUUGAGAGGGACGAGCCGCUCGCGUCUCUGCUUCCAUCUCAUUUCCCUUCGAACCCGACUCCUCCUUCCGACUCGCCUGAGAGCAUUGUCUCUCAUCAGACCGACUCAGACUCUUCCCCCAAGCGUCCAGCGUCACGGGCUAGAGUUGGAUUCGCGGACACAGUGGAGUUCAUUCGCCCAUUGUCAACGAUCUCUUCGGAAACGGAGGGCACAGUCCGUGGUCAUUCUGUUUCCAACAGUCUGAACUCUGUGCUCAGUGGAGCUUCCAACCCUUCCGGAGCACGGAUGGCCCGCCCAAAUCUCAAUGCCGCUUUCGAGAAGGAGACCAAAUCCGCACGCCCCAGCACCGCUGGUGCGAUCUUGGACGUGAAAGAGACGGGAAGGCACAGUUUCGGCGACCUGAUUGGUUCUAGACGCCCAAGGUCUGCAGUCCUCACUGACGCACAAUCAUCUCCCAGCGGCAAUUCUGCCACUUCGCGUCACCACAAGAAGCGGAGUUUCUUUUGGCUUGAGCACAGGCACAGCGAUUCCAUUGUUGCUGCGAGGCUUGGUGAGAAUUCUUCUGAACAAUCUUUCGCUACCUCGACGGAGUCUGCUGUCAAGUCCUCAUCCUUUGAUGAGCAGAGGAAGACUGAAAAGUUUUCAUCGACGUGCCCACGCAAGUCGAACGGAAAGCCGCGUAAAGUCAAAACCUGGGCCAAUUCCAUAAUUCACCGAAAGCCCAAGAGCCACCGCUCUAAAUUGGAGGAAGUGCUUCCCCGCAGGGGCUCAACUCCUACUCUCCCCACUCAAAUCAGUGUUCCUCUCGACAACAUGGAGACCGAUUUUGAGAUUUCGCCUAACUUUGAUGUGGACGACACUGUUACCAUUGUGUCGCCGACGAUGGAUGAGAACCAUUCCCGGCCGAAAUUGGACACCGACAUAGCCUCCUGGAAGCCUCGACAGAUGAUAUCCAAGGAGCGUGAGGGUAUGAGUCCCGUGAUUGACUUGGAUGCUGCGAUGGGACCGUUCAACACGCCUAGCAUUGGCCCUGUGCCCCGCUCCCAUGGACGAGGCCCUGCGAAGAAGGCAAUGCACAGCAGCCUAGGAAUGGCCAACCACCGUCGCACAGAAAGCGCGCCAGAACUCGUUCCUUUUGAGUUCAGGAACAUGGCAACUGCUUCGGGUCCGACUAUGGCCGACGUCUUUGAAGAGGAAGAAGAGGAAGACACCGCCCCGGCGGUGUCGACUAACGGUAGCAGCACAUCCGUUGCUGAGGCCACCUCGGCAAAGAAAGAGACGGUCGAAGACAAUGAAGAGGAGACGAAUACCGGAAUUCAGGUGGUCGAGACAGCUGAGCCGCAGUCCCGAGGACUGCCGGUGAUGAACUGGAAUUUCGAUGACGCAUUCUCGAGUGCAAGGACCUCUGCAUUGGAACUUCCACAACCUUCUCCGACCACAUCCAGGGUGCCGACACCGGUUUCAUCCGACGUAAGCCCAUGUUCAAUCCACCGCGAGUCCAGCCCGGUCGAAAUCGUCGAGGACUACGAGGAGCCUCGCGCGUCAACCGUGACGAGGUCUUCGGACUCUACGAUCACUCCUACGACAACUAUAGAGCCUGCCAAAGGCACAGAACAGCUUAUGCAUUUGUCAGUACCAGGCUCUCAUCCGUCGCCAAUGUCGCCCGACUCGUCUGGGUCUUCCGUCUUCCCAUCUCCCGACUUCAUCCGCGGUCAGGACUCUUUCGAUACCGCCAGACUCGGAACUGCCGCUUCUUCCAUCACGGACACUCGCACGCUCAACUCAAUGAACUUGGGCGAGCCUGGCCCAGAUUGCAACUCGUCUGUCGAUGACGUGCCUUCUUUGACAAGCAGCAGGUCGACAAUGACGAAUGUGCCUCACGGUAGCUUCCCGUACGUGAUGGCUAGGGCCCCUGGCGACCGCACUUCUUCUAUUUCGUCUAUGUCAAGCAUGCCAGCCGACGCUCGCCGCAAACGCUCAAGCAUCGCCAGUCUUUCCAGGCUUAUUGGUGGUGGCGCUCUCAGCGAGAGAAGCAAGCUUUCGAUCGAGCAGAGACCGCAGUCGGAGCAUGCUGACAAGCCGCUGAGAGAGGUCAAGGCGAAGAAGAGCCGACGCGUCAGUAGGAUGCUGCAAUUCUGGAAGCACAAGGAUUACAAGGAAGCCUCGCACUCGUAG